ACUCUCCCGGGACGACGGAGUGCGGGGAGCAGAGCUUCCUCCUCCUCUAGCAGGCGGCAAGGCUGAGCCCGGCCUGGAGCCCCGCCCAGGCGGGCCCCGCCGCCUCCCGCCGCCUCCCUCCGCCGCGCGCCGCGAACAGGGAGGUGUGGUCCUGUGCGCAUCCAGCGCUGCGCCGAGCCCCGCGGAGCGUUUGCUUCGGACGGUGCCCAGCCGUGCGCCUCGCUUUCCUGAGGUCGUCCCGUCUUCUCCCGGAGCGGUGUGCCUUUGGGGGACAACCCCGGCCCGAGGACGCUCUGUCACCCUUGUUCCAAGCUGUAGCAGAGCAGCCGCUGGAAGAAUGCGGGACUACGACGAGGUGACCGCGUUUCUGGGCGAGUGGGGGCCCUUCCAGCGCCUCAUCUUCUUCCUGCUCAGCGCCAGCAUCAUCCCAAACGGCUUCAAUGGGAUGUCAGUGGUGUUCCUGGCGGGGACCCCCGAGCACCGCUGCCGGGUGCCGGAGUCGGCGAACCUGAGCAGCGCGUGGCGCAACCACAGUGUCCCGCUGCGGCUUCAGGACGGCCGCGAGGUGCCUCACAGCUGCCGGCGCUACCGGCUCGCCGCCAUCGCCAACUUCUCGGCGCUGGGGCUGGAGCCCGGGCGCGACGUGGACCUGGAGCAGCUGGAGCAGGAGAGCUGCUUGGAUGGCUGGGAGUACAGCCAGGACGUGUACCUGUCCACCAUCGUGACCGAGUGGAACCUGGUGUGCGAGGAUGACUGGAAGACUCCGCUCACCACCUCCCUGUUCUUCGUGGGUGUGCUUAUCGGCUCCUUCGUGUCCGGCCAGCUGUCCGACAGGUUUGGCAGGAAGAACAUUCUCUUCUUGACCAUGGCCGUGCAGACUGGCUUCAGCUUCCUGCAGAUUUUCUCCAUCAGCUGGGAGAUGUUCACCGUGCUGUUUCUCAUCGUGGGAAUGGGCCAGAUCUCCAACUAUGUGGUGGCCUUCAUACUCGGAACAGAAAUUCUUGGCAAGUCAGUUCGUAUUCUAUUCUCUACGUUAGGAGUGUGCACAUUUUUUGCAGUGGGCUACAUGCUGCUGCCACUGUUUGCUUACUUCAUCAGAGAUUGGCGGAUGCUGCUGCUGGCGCUGACGGUGCCGGGGGUGCUGUGUGUCCCGCUGUGGUGGUUUAUUCCUGAAUCUCCACGGUGGCUGAUAUCCCAGAGGAGAUUUAGAGAGGCUGAAGAAAUCAUCCGAAAAGCUGCCAAAAUGAACAAGACAGCAGUACCAGUGGUGAUAUUUGAUCCUGUGGAGCUACAAGAGCUAAACCUCCUGAAGGAGCAGAAAGUUUUCAUCCUGGACCUGUUCAGGACGCGGAAUAUCGCCACAAUGACCAUUAUGUCUGUGCUGCUCUGGAUGCUAACGUCUGUGGGUUACUUUGCUCUGUCUCUCAACUCCCCUAAUUUACAUGGAGAUCCCUACUUGAACUGUUUCCUCUCAGCCUUGAUUGAAGUCCCUGCUUACAUUACAGCCUGGCUGCUGCUGCGCACCCUGCCCAGGCGCUAUAUCAUAGCAGGGGUGCUGUUCUGGGGAGGAGGUGUGCUCCUCUUAAUUCAGCUGGUGCCUGCAGAUUAUAACUUCGUGUCCAUUGGUCUGGUGAUGCUGGGGAAAUUUGGGGUCACUUCUGCCUUCUCCAUGCUGUAUGUCUUCACCGCAGAGCUCUACCCAACCCUGGUCAGGAACAUGGCUGUGGGGGUCACAUCCAUGGCCUCCAGGGUGGGCAGCAUCGUCGCUCCCUACUUCGUUUACCUGGGUGCUUACAACAGAAUGUUGCCCUACAUCGUCAUGGGCAGUCUGACUGUCUUCAUUGGAAUUGUCACCCUGUUUUUCCCUGAAAGUUUUGGAAUGACUCUACCGGAGACCCUAGACCAGAUGCAGAAAGUGAAAGGAGCAACAAUUUUAUUUUCAGGUUCAGAUCUGGGAAAAAAUCCAGAGAUGCAAGAGAGAGAGGAGAAAAUCCGAAAGUUCUAGUGACUGCGUUCUGAUAAAACUUCUCCCCUGUUUGAGCAAACUGAAAAUCAGAGACCGUAAAGAAACCAGAGCCCACCCCCUCCCCGAAGAAAUGAACUGUGACAAGUAACACGAAGAUGGGCCUUGCUGUGGAGAAACGGCUGUCUCGUGGGGGACUCUGGACCACUCUGCCAGAUAAGCUCAUUCUUAGAAACAACCAUCUCUAGAGUCCUCCUUAAUAACGAACUCAAUGAAAUGAAGCUUACAGGAUUUUUUGAAAAGGACUAGUAAAAUCCAUACCAAGAUUAACAUUCAUUUCCAAACAUACAGAUACUAUCCAAACAAAACAAACGUCAUUGGAUGACCACAGCUUAAACGACAACAGCAUGUGUGUGCAUGUACAAACGUGUGUACAUGGGAAUGGGAAGGUGUGCAGGUGGUUUUUGACAUUCACUCAUAUCCUGCUAUGACUGAAUGAUUCCGUGGGUCCGGUUGCAUGCCAUAUCUCCAUGGAAAACACUACAUUGUUGCUGACGUGUCCACUGUAGUUAGGGCUGAGAUGGUUGCUUCUACAAGGAACUCGGAACAGACCUUUAGCUCGUCCAUAUACCCUAAACAACAUAACAAGUAUUUACAUUGUAGUAGAUCUUAUAAGCCAUCUAGAGGCUAUUUAAAGCAUAUUGAAGGUGUGAACAGGUUGUGUGGGAAUGCCACAUCAGUUGACGUGAGAGACUUGAGCAUCUUGGAUUCUGGUGUCUGUGGGGGCAUUGCCUUCACAGUACUACAUACUGAGCAAUGACUGUAUGUGGUAUCCUUAACCAGAAAAUGUUAUACAUUCCUUGUGGGUCAAUCAAUGUGUCAGAGAAAUAAAUAAGUAAACAAACCACUCCUGCUCUCUAGCCUUACACUCCACACAGAACACUCCUGUGAGCACAUGUGUGUGCAUGUGCGUGUGUGUGUGUGUGCGCACGCCCGGUUAGGAGUAUGUUCCUCAUACACCAAGCAAGUCUCCAGCAGACACCUGUAAUUUAGCACCACUCGAAUGGUGUCAGAUCCCUCGGGAUUGAGGGCUCAAUCCCACAAGACUGCCCUUGCUUCACAUGCUGAUCACCACACCAGGCCACUGUCCUCCUGACCAACUGACUACAAGCCAAGGACCCCUUCCUUGGGUUCAGUUACUUGGCUAGGAUGAUUCACAGAACUCAGGGAAACACUGGUGUUGGCCAUUUUAUUAUGCAGGCCUCCAAGAGCCAGAUGGACAGGCGCAAAGGGUGAGAUCUGAAAGGGGCUUGGACACAGGCAUUCCUGUCCCUGAGACACUGGGGUGCACCCCUCCCCCACCCCAGGCUGCGGCUGCAGUCACCACCCUACUCCACUGUCAUUUGGCUUUUCUAGUUGCCAGCCCCAUUCUGAGGCUGUCUAGGGGCCCCUCCCUUAGGAACCUCACUAGCAUAAACCAGGGGUUGUUAUAGGGGUUCAUUAUGAGCAACAAGACAUGAUCCCAACACUCAGGGGAUUCCAGGGCUUUUAGGAGCGCUGUCAUUGGGACUAGGAACAAAGAUCAGAGACAUGGUGUUCCACACUGGCAGAUAGAAAUAGUAUUUUACAGGUAAAAAUGCAACAAGAGAUCAAGUAGCAUGGCUCAUCUGCUUUCCAGAAAGGAGCAGGGCCAUUCCCCAGUUUCAGCAGCUAGAGAAAGUCACUCGUGCACGCUUGCCUGGACAGUGGUUUUUCUGAGCGCAACACGGUUAACCCGUUAGCACAUCUUGGGCGGCAGCAUGCUCAUGGGUAGAGUCACACUUCUGCUGUGCCGCUGGGGGUCCUCACCUCCUAAAAAUAACUAUUGCCAGAUGCAAACUUCCUCUAUCAACCUGUCUUUCAGAGGAUCCUUUCAUGGAACAUCUUGAUAAACAGCCAUCACUUCUAGAUCCUUACAUGGAAUUAGGACCAUUAUUCUGAUUAACUUGGAAUACUCCUUUGUAUUGUAAAUACAAUACUCCUUUGUAUUUUAUUUCUGAGACACAUUUUAUAUCCAGCAUGCUAACACACUGAUCCUACUUUUUUUGAUUCUUAUUUACAAUCCAUGAAUUGUCUUAGAACAGUUUAUGAUUGAUCACUGGGGAUGUAGGGCCACAGGCUCGGCUGCCCCCUGUUUUUCUUUCCCUCCCUGUCAGCCAUCGAGCAGGUCAACAAUCUCCCCAAAAGCUAUCCUGGGACUCGCCAGCCACCGGCAGUGACUGUCCACCUCUGUGCUGUCCUAGUUCCUGGGGCCCUGGCUCAGUCACCCUUCUAUGUGGCAUUGAGUCCUGGGAGACCAGGGACCUAGCUUUUUAUCCCCCCCAGUGCUGUGUAGCUUAGUGCUGUGAUAAGUAUAUAUUUUUAAUUAAAAUACAAAUUUUAUUUAAAUAAAAUUUUUAAUUAAAAUACCUUAUAAUUUUAAGCAGUGAAAAUACUGUUUGAUAUAUACAUGUUUGAAUUUUUGGACACCCAAUAUUACUCUUAAAGUUUCUUCCAAAUAUAAAAAAUAAGGAUGUGCUGUUUAACCUCUAUUAGUAUUUUUAUAGGUGUUUUGUAAUUUGUAAUAGUAAAAGAUGACUUUUUAAAAUCUGCUUAUGAAGAGGCAGAAAGUACAUAAAUGAUUAUGUCUUGGGUCGUUCAAAGACCAAGUCGAUCCAUAUGUGCCAAAGUGAUAGUUGAUUAAAUUCAAAUAACUGUUGAUUUCUGAAAACUGCUUUUUAUGAUUUAUGGCAUCACUUAUACAUAAAGUAAAUAGAUUUUGCUAUAAACUUUUAAAAAGUUCUGUGCAUGAAACAAUGUUAACAUUAACAGAAGUGGGAAAAAUACUAACAUUCUUUCUAUUUAUGCAUCAAUUUUUAAAUGCACAUUAAUAUUCCAACUAAAGCAAAUGGCAAGAGGGCUGAGUACAGAGCCUUAGGAGACAAGUGUGCCUGGGCCCGACCUUGGGUCUUCACUUACCAGCUCUGUGGCCUUGAGGAAGCCAUAGUCUUUCCCAGGCGAGCUGGGGACAAUUUCGGCGCCUGGGGUGAGGAUUUCACAGGAUCACGCACAUGCUUACUGCCAUGCCUCAUGCGGAUUUAGCUGUCUUCUCUGUCCCUUGCUCACACCCUCACUUCUCCUCUUAUCCAGCUUAAAUCCAGGCUUAAUCAUUACAGCCAGUUUUCUUGCCUGUUAAUCCAUCUUACUCUUUUGGGCAAACAAUAAUGCUAGUUCAAUCCUCUCUGAUACUGCUCACUGGCAUCUGACAGCUAAAUAUCCCUGGUAGAAAUAAGCAAAUUUAUUCUCAGGACCUUCCAGAGGACCUUGCUGCCCUGGCCCAAUCCCCGUCCCCCAUGACUGCUUGCCCUGUGGAGUGCCGACCUCUGUACUUGAUCAGCUGACCCUUUGCUUACUGUUUCACCUAGAAAAUUUCUAACACAAGAAAUCAUAAAUGAGGUUGAAAUAAAAGCAAAGAUGGGGCUGGUGUUAUGGCGCAGAAGGUUAAUCCUCCGCCUGUGGCACCAGCAUCCCAGUUCUAGUCCCAGCUGCUCCUCUUUCCAUCCAGCUCUCUACUAUGGCCUGGGAAAGCAGUGGAAGAUGGCCCAAGUCCUUGGGCCCUGCAUCCACAUGGGAGACCUGGAGGAAGCUCCUGGCUCCUGGCUUCUGAUCGGCGAAGCUCUGGCCAUUGCGGCCUUUUGGGGAGUGAACCAUCGGAUGGAAGACCUUUCUCUCUGUCUCUCCCUCUCACUGUCUGUAAUUCUACCUCUCAAAUAAACAAAUAAAAUCUU